AUGAUUAUCCCGCGUUGUACGUGGGAUAGUUAUUUACUAAGUCCUUUAGAGUACAGGGAUAAAGAAAAGUUUAUGUUUGCUCGACACUGUGUCACAGCAGAAGUAAUGAAGGAUGCAAAUGACAUUCAGUGGUUCCUAUUUAUUGAUGCUGAUAUGGGAGUGAUUAAUCCUAAUCAUUUGAUCGAAGAAUGGAUUGAUAAUAAUGUAAAUCUGAUCUUGUACAAUCGAAUUUUCAAUCAUGAAGUGAUGGCUGGAAGUUAUUUAGCUAAAAACACUCCAUAUUCCCGAAAAUUUCUUCAAUUUUGGGCAAACUAUGGACUGAAAUUGCCAUUUCAAGGUUUUGGUUCAGACAAUGGCGCAAUUCAUAAUGUUUUGCUCGAACUUAUAUUCCCGGAAAGAGUAAACGAAAGAGAGUUUUGUGAAAGCAUUUGGAUGAAUGCAAAGAAUUUUGAUGAUUUAAAUGUUUACGUUGUUUGUGUUCGUAACAUUAUCAAUGAAGCAACAAUUUGGCCUAACCAAUUGCGCAUUAUUCCAAAAGGUAAAGCAUGGGCUCGUGAUACCUGGCUUACAGAUUCGAUGUGGAGUGAACGAGAUUUCAUCCUGCAUGGUUGGCAAAAACGAAGAAUUGAUCGGAUUACAUUUGGUGGUUGGCCUUCGCCAUUCGUAUCGCAUAAUUUUAAUCUCACACUCUGCACUAAUUUUACUACAGUUUCCCUAAAUUGGAAAUAUAAAGAUACUUUUAUAAGGAGUAACGUUGAGAUAGAAGCAAAAAUGUUAGAUGAAGAAAGAAAUUUAAAAAAAGUUCGCUGGCUGGAAUACUGUCAGACGAUUUGCAUGCUAUUAACUUUAUUAGCAUUUGCUGAUAUUUACUCACGUAUCGGUGAUGUGAAGAUAAAGUGUCGGUUGAUGAAAAAUGAAAUAAAUUUGAAACGUAUUCGGCGUGACCUAAUACCAUCGCCAUCCAUUCAACCUUUGUUAAAUACAUCAAAACAUGACGUUUUGAUACAUUCUACAUCAAAAAUUAAGGCUAACGAAUUGCUUGAAAAAUGCUUAGAAAUACAUCAGUAUUGCACGGAGAAAUCAGGUAUUAGUCGUGGACCACCUGGACCAGUUGGACCACCUGGAUUAUCUGGAAAUCCUGGUCAGCCUGGACCACCCGGACGAGAUGGUCUAAUGGGGUUACCUGGACCUCCUGGUCCACGAGGACCACCUGGAAUACCCGGAAAACCUGGAAUUUGUCCAAAAUGUCCGGUUGCGGAAAAUUUUGAAAUGCUUCGUAAAACGGAAUGUCCAAAAAUUGAGCCAAUGAAAUGUCCAACACAAAGAACACCUGAUGGUGAAGGUGGACCGCGAUAUACCGAUCGUCAGCUACCAUAUUUUGUUAGAGUUAUGCUUUUAAAUGAUACUGAUUUAAUACCGGAAAUUGAUAAAUGUAUUCGUAUUUGUCUACCAAAUGUAACAAUACCAUAUGAAGCAGAUAUCUCAGCAACCAGUACUGAAAUACCGUAUAUCGAAGGAGCAACAGCACAUUGUUAUUUGGAUGAUGUUGGUAAACCGAUGUUUCAUGCUCAUUCUAAUACCUAUUACGGAUCAUGGAUGCGUGAUGCUUAUCCACAAAAUGGUCAGAAUAUGAUGAAACGUUGGAUGACAAAACAUUUUCAAGGUGAUAUAGUGGAGGAGUAUUUGGAUGAAGGCGAUAUGCGACGACAGCGCAUUUUUGUCACACAUCAUAUGCCUUAUUUAUAUGAUGGAACAAAUUUGAUAUUUUUCAAUGGCUCAAUAUAUUUCCAUCGUGCUGGCACUCCUAAAAUUGGAAAAUAUGAAUUACAUUCAAAAGUUUAUAAUGAAGUCUUAAUUGAUAAGCAUGCGGCCCAUAAAGGAAAUAAUUACCUUUUUAAUUUAUCGAUGAAUUAUUUUGAUCUGGCUGUGGAUGAGAAUGCAUUGUGGGUGCUAUUUCAUUAUGAAGAUGAAGAGUAUUUGUCUGUAGCUAAAUUGGAUAUUAGCAAUUUAACUAUUUAUGAAACUUGGAAUUUAACUUUGAUUAAUCAUACCGAAGUGGCAAAUGGUUUUGUCGUAUGUGGUGUACUGUAUUUGGUAAAAAGUUCGUAUGAAUUAAAGAGUGAAAUAGCAAUAGCAUACGAUCUCUAUCGUAAUAAAUACCGUAAGCCAAACAUUCAUUGGAUUAAUCUUUAUCGAAAUGCUAAUAUGAUAUCAUACAAUCCUUAUGAUAAGCGAAUUUACAUUUAUGAUCACGGAUAUUUGUUAACCUUACCAGCACGAAUCACUUGGAGAGCUAAAUAG